UUCUUUAGUCGUUCGUUCAGAUGUUUAAACGUCGUUUAAACUUCAAACAGCUAAGCCAGCCACUAGACGUCGACGAAAUCAGUUUUAUAUAUAGUUUCCUUUUUUCAAUUUCGGUUUAGUCGGAUAUCGCCUCUUUCUUUUUUUGUUGUAGAGUGUUUUGGGCCGCCCAUUCACCUUAAGAAAACAGGAAUUAAAGAAGUAUAAUUGGUGUCGUCGAUUGAUUUUUCGGAUUUUCGGGGCAUACAAAACACUACUCACUCCAAAAAUAACGACAAAAACAGAGCCAUAACGAGGAGGUUUGUGAAAAAAGACGUCUUAAAAAAUAUGUAUGAUAGUUAUUGUCGCGUGUGUUUUUGUUAUAAUAACAGUUAAAUGAAUAAAGUGUGUAACGUCUAGAGAAGGAGAAACAAAUCUAAACGCCAUUGCUCUCUUAAGGCUCGCUUAGGACAUCGUAGCAUAAGGGAGUGCAAAAAAAAAAAUUAAAUAUAAAAAUAAAUACUAAAUAAAACAGAAGCAGUAGCAGAACAAACAUAAGUUGCAAUUUUUAUCACCUUCGAAUCGGCGAGAAACACAACAAAUACAUAAUCAUCGUAUCGCUUCGCUUUACAUCGCAUCGCAUCGUCGUGUGUUCAUUCAUUUUAUUUGUUGCAAAACACCCAAGAGCAAAAUCAAGAACAACAAAUCGAUAAAAUCGAAAAUUGCUCGCCACUAUUGUGACAGGAGAGAAAUAAGCAUUUAAUUUCGAGGCGAAAAAGAAGACGAACGAACUAACGAACGAGCGAGCGAGCAUACCAGGAAAAAAUACGACGGCCACAGUUAAUAGCGAUUUGACUUUUAACCACAAACAACCUAAAACUACACAAAUAGAAAUAUUUUCUUAGUUUAACCAUUCAAUAAAAAAAAUCAUACUCAGGAAUUUGGUUAAAUAUCAUCGUUGAGACAAUUAUAUUUUAAGACCAAAGAAAAAACAUUUAACAUAAACAUUCCCAUCACCUCCCCGCCCAUUAUAUCAGUAGGAAAGUAUAGGCAAAAGGAUUGAAAACUAUAGCAGCAACACCAACAAACAAAUACACUGAAGUAGCAACAGCAAACAUAUGUCGCCGGAAAAAUCCAUUUGGGCCUAUGUGAAUCAUUUCAUAAUGAGCAAUAUUUCAUAUUUGUUUGAUGAAAUCGACGGUUAUCUGUACUAUUUCGGAGGCACCGCUGGUGUGUUAACCCUAACGGGCAUAGCAGCAGCGUCCGCAUAUUAUUUUGCAUCACGGCCUAUACCGGAAAAACCAUUAGUGCCUCUGGAAAAUCAGUCACCUAUACUUGAAGGUCCGGAACAAAUUCAUGUAUCCAAAUUCUACAAAGAAUCGAAAAAUGGCAAAUUCGUCUCGUACAUCACAGAGAAUGUUCGAACCCUGUAUCAGACAUUUCGUGAAGGUGCAUAUGCCUCCAACAAUGGACCAUGUCUGGGAUGGCGAGAGACUCUGACAUCCCCUUAUCAGUGGAUUAAUUAUGAUGAGGCACUGCUGCGUGCCAAGAAUUUUGGCUCUGGCAUGCUUACUCUGGGCGUUCGUCCUAAACAACUGGUGGGCAUAUAUUCACAGAAUCGUCCCGAAUGGAUUUUGUACGAGCAGGGCUGCUAUUGUUAUUCGUUGGUGGUGGUACCGCUCUACGACACCCUUGGACCAGAUGCCUGUGCUUUUAUUAUACGACAGACUGAAAUGUCAAUUGUUGUGGUGGAGGACGAUGCCAAAGCUGCCCUGCUGCUAGACAAGGCCCCACGUUCGCUGAAAAUAAUUGUCGCUGUUAAGCCGGUGAGACCGGCUACCCUAGAGAAUGCCCGCAGUCGUGGCAUACAAAUCUACUCAUUCAUAGAUGUUGAAAAAUUGGGCGCCAAAAGUAAUCACCCCGAAGUGCCACCAACCUCCGAAGAUCUGUGUACGCUAUGCUAUACCUCGGGAACUACUGGCAAUCCUAAAGGCGUUAUGUUGACCCAUGGCAAUGUUGUUGCUGGCGUGUGUGCCGUCAUAUUGCAGCUAGGUGACCACCGUAUCCGUGCUGGAGAUGUUAUGAUAUCGUUCCUGCCCUUGGCCCACAUGUUUGAGCGGUGCUGUGAGAAUGGCAUUUAUUAUGUGGGUGGCUGUGUGGGCUUCUAUUCGGGCGACAUCAAAGAACUGACCAAUGAUCUGAAGAUGCUAAAGCCAACAGUUAUGCCGGCAGUGCCUCGUCUCUUAAAUCGUGUCUAUGACAAAAUUCAAAAUGACAUCGCUGCCUCGUCCAUAAAGAGAGCCUUAUUUAAUAUGGCUUUAAAAGCCAAAGAGAAGGAAAUUUCUCGUGGAAUUUUGAGACGCAAUGGUUGUUGGGACAAACUGGUAUUCAAAAAAGUGCACCAAGCAUUUGGUGGCAAUUUACGUUUAAUGGUGGUGGGUUCAGCUCCUUUGGCGGGUAAUGUCUUAACCUUUAUGCGCUGUGCGUUGGGUUGUUUGGUGGUGGAGGGCUAUGGUCAGACAGAGUGUACUGGAGCCAUAACUCUGACUGUGCAAGGAGAUUAUAUACCAAAUCAUGUAGGCCCACCGGUAUCCUGUAAUGCUAUUAAGUUGGUUGAUGUACCCGAAAUGGAAUACUAUGCCAAUCAAAAUACGGGAGAAGUAUGUGUGCGAGGUUCAAAUGUGUUCCAUGGUUACUAUAAGGAUCCAGAGAAAACUGCCGAGGCCAUUGACCCAGAGGGUUGGCAUCACACAGGCGACGUUGGCAUGUGGCUACCUAAUGGCACCUUGCGUAUUAUUGAUCGUCGCAAGCACAUCUUCAAGCUAAGCCAGGGAGAAUACAUAGUACCAGAGAAAAUUGAGAACAUCUAUACAUUAAGUCAAUAUGUAAAUCAAGUGUUUGUAUAUGGCGAAAGUUUAAAGAGUUGUAUUGUUGCUGUGGUAGUGCCUGAUGUUGAAGUUCUGAAACAGUGGGCCAUGGAAAAUGGUGUGCGCGGCACCCUGUCGGUACUAUGUAAUAAUGGCCAAGUCAAAGAACUCAUUAUGAACGAUAUGCUGAAGUGGGGCAAGCAAAGUGGUUUAAAAUCAUUUGAACAGGUGAAAGAUAUUUAUCUCCAUCCAGAUCCCUUCUCGGUGCAAAAUGGAUUGCUGACACCCACAUUCAAAUCGAAACGGCCACAGCUGAAGAGUUACUUCAAACCACAAUUGGAGGAUAUGUAUAAAAAUCUGGCCUAAAUUGGCUGGGGGGUUAAAUGCUAUUCGCAAAACAAGAACAAAAACAAAAUAAACCAAUCAACCAACAAAACCAAAAACAAUAAUUAUGUGUAAUUGUAAAAUAUUCUCAGCAAAAAAAGAAACAACAACAACAACAAACAAGAAAAAAACCUUUCGAUAAAUCUCCUAUCAAACACAACAACUAAUGAAGAACAACAAUAACCGGCUGCAAACUUUCAAAUUUUCAGAACUUCCAAGCGAUUUCCUUUUUUUCUGACAAAAUUUCAUUUCUUUAAAACGAUGAGACUAUUUAGCUAAUAGUUCUGAAAAACUAAACAAAUUUAAUAUAAUGUAAUUUAAAAACUAAAAACAUAUGAUGAAGAUGGAAAAGAAAUGAACGAUUAAGAUGAAUAAAGAAGAAAGCGUAUUUAAAUAAA